AUGAUGGAAGGCUCUGAGAGCUUGACUGACAUUCUGUUUUCUUGGUCUCUCCAAGACAUUCUUAAUGAAAAUCUUUACCAGCACAAGGUGGAAAAGAUUCCUGAAUCAUUUCAGUCGGUUCAGGAUCAUUUCGGGUCUUAUUCAUAUCCUUUGUUGGACGAAACUCGGACUCAACUGCGUUCAAGUAUGGAAACUAUGGACAGAGCGCCAUAUAGUAAGAUAAUUUCUGUUGAAGAGUUGAAUCCAUAUGGAACAAAGCUAUAUGAUAUCAAGGUUGAUUGCUGGAGAAACCUGUCCACCGAUUGCAGCAAAGGACCAUACAAAAUUCUGCCUGGAGAUGUUUUUGUUUUAGCAGAUACUAGACCCGAAACUGUUUCUGAUUUACAGAAGUUAGGGAGCUCUUGGGCCUUACUAGUAGUCACUGAGGUCUCCAAAAAUAAGAACGAGGAUGAUAGAACUGCUCUUCAUUUUAAAGUCAAAGCGUCGAAAGAGUUUGAAGUCAACCAUAGCAUUCAUACAUCACUCUUUAUGGUUUUCUUAUUAAACAUAGCUCCUUACAUACGAAUAUGGAAGGCGAUGCACAUGUCUGGAAGUGCAACAUGGAAGGGUAUUGAAAAAUUGGUGGACCGAUUAGACUCUAUAUUUAAAAGAUAUACAGAUGGUUUUAUCAAUCUCUGCAGGGAGAGAUGUCUUGAGGGUGAUGUGGAAGUUCCAGCAAGUUGGCCACCCUCUUUGGAUGUUCCUCGAUUCAAAGAUGUUAGCAUCACGGAAAUCCCGAAUGAUUUUGUUGGUCACUCUUCUGGAAAUACAAGUUAUGUUGAGCGUUGCAAGGUCCGCGACAGUCUGUUGCUGAUGAAAUUCUACUCCUUGUCAUCUUCUGGGGUAAUGAAUGUCUUGCUUUCCGACCAUGAGGGCAGAGAAUUGGAUCUCCCGUUUGAAGUUACUGACCAAGAAAUGGAGACCAUCCUUUACAAUAGAAGUACAUUUAUUUUAGGACGGUCAGGUACUGGGAAGACGACAGUAUUGACCAUGAAGUUAUAUCAGAGAGAACAGAAGCACCAUAGGGCAGCAGAAGAGGGAUUCUACGGUGUUGGGAGCAAUACAUUCAGACAUGUUAGUCCGAAUAAUGAGGCUGAGCAGAUUUCUUCUUCUUCAUCUACUAAUGUGACUGCUUUGCGCCAGCUUUUUGUGACUGUCAGUCCUAAACUCUGUUUUUCUGUCAAGCAACAUAUUUCACGAUUGAAAAGUUUCGCUUGUGGUGGAAGCCCUUCAGGUCAAUGCAGUUUGAUUGAUAUGGAUGAUUUUGAUGAUGAGGAAGCACAAUUCAGGGGUAUCCCUGAUUCUUUUCUUAAUAUUCCGCCCAAAUGCUAUCCUCUUUGCUUAACAUUUCGUAAAUUCUUGAUGAUGCUUGAUGGAAGUUUGGGUAAUUCUUACUUUGAAAGAUUCCUUGACAUCACUGAACUUCCUCAGAACAGACUGCAAAGUUCAAGAUCAGUUUUGCUGCAGAACUUUCUAAGCACGAAGGAGGUCAAUUAUGAGAGAUUUAGUUCAUCAUAUUGGCCUCGUUUUAAUAUCCAGUUAACAAAGAAGCUUGAUGCUUCAAGAGUCUUUACUGAGAUUAUUUCUCAAAUAAAAGGUGGUCUGGGUGCUAUGGAAGCAUGUGAUGGAAAACUCAGCCGGCAGGAGUAUGCGCAAAUGUCAGAGGGAAAGGUUUAUGAAAAAAUGAAGAGAAGGAAUGGUGAAUUUGAUAUUGCUGAUUUUGUGAAUGAUAUUCACCGCCGUUUUAAACGUGAAAAAUAUGAGGGUGAUGAUAUUGAUUUUGUGUACAUUGAUGAGGUUCAGGAUCUUGCCAUGAGCCAAAUUGCACUGUUCAAAUAUAUCUGCAGUAAUGUUGAAGAGGGCUUUGUUUUUUCUGGUGAUACAGCGCAAACCAUUGCAAGGGGGAUUCAUUUUAGAUUCCAAGAUAUACGACAUCUGUUCUACAACAAGUUUGUAUUGGAUUCAAGAAGAAAGAAGCAUAAAGAACAAAUGGACAAUGAGAAAAUCUCAGAAAUUUUUCAUUUGACAGAAAACUUCCGAAGCCAUGAUGGUAUACUGAAGCUAUUGCAGAGCAUUGUUGAACUACUUUAUCAUUUUUUUCCCCACUCAAUUGAUAAGUUGAAACCAGAAACAAUUCCAGUAUAUGGGGAAGCUCCAAUUUUAAUUUACUCUGGAGAAAAUGAAAAUGUAUUUGAAACAAUUUUUGGAAAUAGUGUAUUUGUUACUGGGAACACAAUUGGUUUCGGGGCAGAGCAGGUUAUUUUGGUACGUGACGCUAGUGCAUGGAAGGAAGUCUCCAACUCCAUACGGAAGCAAGCACUUGUUCUUACUAUAAUGGACUGCAAGGGCCUAGAGUUUCAGGUCACUACAGUUUACUUCUGCCAGGAUGUACUCUUGUACAAAUUUUUUGGAUCAUCACCCCUGAAAAAUCAAUGGAGGGUGAUAUAUGAUUUCAUGAAGGAACAAGAUUCGCUCAAUUCCGCAUUACCUGAGCGUUUUCCAAGCUUUGAUGAUGCAAAACACAGCAUGUUAUGCCACGAAUUAAAGCAGUUAUAUGUUGCAGUCUCUCGUACGAGACAGAGGUUGUGGAUUUAUGAGAAUGUUGAAGAGCUCUCCAAUCCCAUGUUUGACUAUUGGAAAAAGAAAUGUCUUGUACAAGUUAGACAACUUGAUGAUUCAUUUGCACAUUCUAUGCAAGUUGCAAGCAGUCCACAAGAGUGGAAAGCACGUGGAAUUAAGCUAUAUCAAGAUCAUAACUACAAAAUGGCCAGAAUGUGCUUUGAAAAAGCUGGUGAUACAUUCUGGAAAAGGCUUUCUGAAGCUGCUGAACUUAAAGCUAAGGCUCACCAUAUGCGCACUUCAAAUCCUGAAAUGGCUAAUACCAUGCUUCGGAGGGCUGCUUUAAUAUUUGAAGCUAUCGGCCUGUCUGUUUCUGCUGCCAGAUGCUUUUACAAUUUGGGAGAGUAUAAACGAGCCGGCUAUAUUUAUUUGGAUAAAUGCAAAGAACCUGAACUGGAAAGAGCUGGGGAAUGCUUUUCUCUAGCUGGAUGCUAUGCGCUUGCAGCAGAUGCGUAUGCAAGGGGGAACUAUUUCUCUGAGUGUAUUUCUAUGUGUUCCAAAGGAAAACUAUUUGACAGAGGUCUGGAAUACAUCAAAGAUUGGAAACAACAUGCAACGGCAGAGUAUGGUAAACGAGGAAAUGGGACUACUAAAACUGAAUUGGAUUUUCUAGAGAUUUGUGCAUUUCAUUAUUCUGUUGUGAAAAAUGAGAGAUCCAGGAUGGAAACUGUCAGAGAUGAAAUGUUUUCAGCUCAGAAAACUUUGAAUGGUCUUCUUUCUUCAAGCACCUCUAAGUUUUUGUGGGAAGACAAAUUGAUGGAUAAUCGUAAACAGCAGUCAGAAGGCAAAAAAUAUAAGACACAGGUUUCUGCUGAUUCACUGCUGUACUUUUGGAAUUCUUGGAAGGAUAAAAGUAUUUACUUGAUUGAGUAUCUAGGGAACUUCGAAUCGAUAGACGCCGAUGAAUACAGAAAUUAUGAAGACUUCUUUCUAAAUUACUUAGGAGUAUGGAGGCUGUUUCAUGAAGAUCUGAAUCCGAUUUAUCUUUCAGUCAUCUCUGAUGUGGAUUGGAUUAGAGGUGUGGAGAAAAGAUUUUUUCGAAGUAACGGGGAGUUAGUCUCAAUUGAUGUUCACAAGUAUGUUUCAGCUGCUCAGAAUUAUUGGAGUUCUGAAAUGCUAUAUCUUGGCAUUAAGGUUUUGGGCAAACUUGAAGCUCUUUACAGGUUCCUAAGCACUCAAUCUCAUUCAAAAUUCUUCAGAAGCAAGUCUCUUAUCCAGAUAUAUGAGGUUGUGACAUAUCUUCUUAACUCUAAAUUUCUGAAGCGGAGCCUGAUGGAUCGUGACACACUGCAGAAAUUUGUUAAGUUGUCGGGUGAUAAUUUUGUUUCCUACAUAUUUCCUUUAGAUUGGAGGAAAUCAUCAAGAGAGAAUAUUAUAUCUCUUCGACGGUCUGAUGCUUGUAAGAAUUUACUGAAACAAGUGAUAGUUGAAUACAUGAGCUCAUCCAAAGAGCUGUCUUCAGGGAAAAUUGGAUACCUUGCUUCAAUAAUUCUUGCGUCUGGUAAGCUGAAUGAUGAACUGUGUGCGACGCUUGUGAAAAAUAUUGAGUACAAUCCACUAUGGAAGGCGUUCAUUGAAAAUCUAUGUGGCAACAUCCAAGAACCAAGAGUGGAGUCUCUUUUGUCGACGUUUGGUGAUGCGUUGUUCAAAACUUAUAACGAAACUAGGAGUGCACGUUACUACAUAUCACCUAGUUGCUUCUUGUAUCUUGUUGAUCGCCUUCUGAUUUGGGUAUCUCUGUGUCAAGGUUAUGUGAUCACUGAAAGAUCUUGCUUUAUUGAAUGGCUGAUAUACCAUGAGAAAGAUACCAGAUUUAAUUCCUGUGAAGUUUUUGAUGUGCGAAUGUCUUUUGAAGUCAUCCGUCAGUUUUUGACUGAUGUUAUUCGGGAGUGUCUAUUUGAUGAGGCGACCAUGAUUGAGUGGAUUGGAAAUUUUACCACAUAUUCGAACAAGUAUUAUUCGCUACUAAUGCAAAGAUUGGUUAUGACAUUGUGUUUGCUUUAUUUGAAUUUCGGGAUAGGUUUUGACAUACUCUUAGAUCUGAUGAAUUGGGAAUAUGUCACUGAGAAUCUACUACCAAGGGAGAUCUCUGCUGCCCUUAGAAGAAUUAUUUCUGUACAGAAGUCUCUUGGUAUAAAUGUCAAUGUGCUUCCACUCAAAGAAAAUGUCAAUGUGCUAGCUAAAGCAUUUAAGAAGACCGGCAGUGCUUUGGUAAUUGCAACUUCUAGGAUUGAUUGUUCAAGGUUCGUCUGUUCAGAUGCCCUUUUUGUCGACAUGAAGGGCAACCUGGGCAUGGUUGAUAUAUUGAGACAUUUGUUUCCAGAACAAUAGAUGGUUGAAGCUUCACAAGGUCAAACUGGAUCCAUGGAUGGCACACAUUGUGACAGAAGUAACCUCCCAAAGGAUUCUCAUUGCUUCUUGGAAAUAUU